UUCUUUUGAUAGUAUUUAAAACUUGAUAAAUGAAAGCUGUUUGUCUGCAUUUUCUCGACAGGUUAUCCUGGAUUGGAACUGUUGUCGUUGUGGUUGCUAAGGAGAAUCAUGACUUGAUGCUGAAUAUUGUCCAGAAAUUUGAUCACACAAAGGUAAAUGUAGUCCACGGGGGAACCACCAGACAUAGGUCUAUCUUCAACGGACUUCAGGCCUUCUGCAACACUUCAAACUCACUGACACCCAAACCAAAAGUGGUCGUCAUCCAUGAUGCGGUACGGCCGUUUGUGGAAGAAGAUCUUCUGCUGAAAAUCACCCUAGCAGCUAAAGAGCAAGGGGCCUCAGGAGCGAUACGUCCUCUGGUGUCCACGGUCAUUGCAACCACGUCAGAGGGCUACCUAGACCACUCGCUGGAGAGAGCAAAGUACCGAGCCAGUGAAAUGCCUCAAGGAUUUCUUUAUGACGUUAUUUUCCAGGCCUACCAGCGGUGCAGUGAACUUGACUUUGAGUUUGGCUCCGAGUGCCUACACUUGGCCCUGCAGUACUGUGGCGUGAAUGCAAAGCUCAUAGAAGGACCACCGACUUUGUGGAAAGUAACAUACAAGCGGGAUCUAGCAGCUGCGGAGGCUAUUAUUAAAGAGACCCUUUCGAUGUCAGCAUGUAUCAUAGCAGGAGCUGAAGCAGAAGCCACUGAGUUGGCUAAAACGCUUCAGAAAAAUCUGAACAUGAUGGAGACAGACGUCAUUCCAUGUGCAAAGGAGAGUAAUGCAGAGUACCUGUCCAAAACGCGAAACUUCAUUCACUUAUCUAUGACUGGAUCAAACUUCUUGGGGGUCCUGGAAAUGGUGAAACAUUUUGAGGACACUGACCACGCUCGUUUAUACCCAGUAGUUAUUGUAUGGGUACAGCUGAACAUGGCAAAGCAGUCCGUCGACAGCCAAAAGACAGACGAGUUAACAGCCUUCAGGAGUCUGGCCUCUGAAGUCAUACAGGGAAAUAUUCUGCUCUAUGGAAUUCAGAUUGAACACACCAAGGUGCCAGAGCAGUGGGAGAGAUCUGUGGAGAGACUCACUCAAAUCACUGUCGCUCUCAUCAGAGACAGAAACGCUGCUCUCACUGGGCAGCUGCUUCAUGUCUGAAACUAAAGCAUGAGGCAUGAGAAGAUGCGUUUAAGUAGACAACCAGGAUGUGGCCUGUGGACUCACAAAGAGAGAAGCAUGGAAUCUCAAAGGUCAAAGAACAUUAGCAAUUGAAGGCAUUUCAGCAUAAACUAAAUUACAGACAGUGAGAGUGAUGGCGUGGCUAAACAGUCAUUGUUUGGAUCAUUCAAAUUGAUUUGUUUCAUCAGGUAAGAUUUCCAGGUAAUUAGUUUUAAAUCAAAAUUGGCCUGGUUUGCCUAGGCUCAUGUACACCAGUACACACAAGCACAAUCACACAACUCUCCGA